AUGCUAUCUACGCCCCAGCUUGCUACUUCCAAGAAACUCUUGGGCCUGGCCUCGCGUCAGCUUCCCAAGGUGGCUGCCACCGCACCAGCUCGAGGUUUCUCUACCACGCCCUCUUCAGAAAAGCAAAAGGACAUAACAUUGUUGCAAGACAAAGCCAAUGGAUUCGGUUUCGCCCGCUCGAAUCCCCGUCCUGCUAAGCCGAGGAGCACCGGUGUUACGGAGAUCAGAGGACCAUACUAUUCGGUUAUGGGCAAGCGUUACCUGGCCGAUGUUCUCGAAACAAUGGGUACCCAUGUUGAUGGCUUGAAGUUUGCAGGAGGCUCUUUCUCACUCUUCCAGGAGAAACCAUUGCGGGAAUUGAUUGAACUGGCUCACCAGCAUGGCGUUUAUGUUUCGACUGGUGGAUGGGCUGAGCACCUCCUCACACACCCAGACGCCAACUCGGUCUUUGACAAGUAUCUCUCCAAGUGCAAGGACUUGGGCUUCGACGUGAUUGAACUCUCAUCCGGUUUUCUGUCAUUCCCAGAGGACGACUGGCUCCGCCUCGUGGACAAGGUCCACUCAUACAAACUCAAAGCUAAGCCUGAGCUGGGCAUCCAGUUCGGUGCCGGUGGUGACACCCCAGCCUCCGGCUUGGAAGCUAUCGGCACCUCUGACCCUGGAAAGCUAGUAAACCUCGGUCACAAGUUCCUCAACGCAGGCGUUGAGCGCUUGAUGAUCGAGUCCGAAGGUAUCACCGAGAAUGUAGACUCCUGGCGCACUGACGUCGUCUCCCGUAUCAUGAAGGAACUUCCUCAAGAGCGCGUUAUGUUCGAGGCUGCCGAUCCUAAGGUGUACAACUGGUAUAUUCGGGAAUUUGGUAUCGAUGUUAACCUCUUCGUGGACCAUAGCCAGAUUGUGCAACUUUCUUGCCUGCGUCAUGGUAUCUGGGGCACUGCUGACACUUGGGGCAAGAUUAGAAGUACCAUGCCUCGCGCAAGUACGACUCCUGGCGCGCGCCUUCGGUGCAGACGAGCAUGCGACAGUUGUAAGCGGAGGAAACAGAAAUGCAACGGGGAGCAACCCUGUACGAUCUGCGUGCAGCGGCACAAGGAACCAGAAUGCCACUUUUCAGAUAAACCAGCGCGAAUGCUUAGGCCGAAUGGGACGAAAGAGACCAUGCUACUCAGUGAACACAUGGUUCCCACGCCACAGCGGCAAACGGCCAUGGACCACCUUCUGAACUCGCUCGAGGAUCGCAGCGCGGACAUGGAACAACAUCAACCGCGGGAUGAUAAGGAUGGGACGGCACCGGUACCAAAAGUGGCAAGGCUUCUGCGUGAUGGACAGGGGAAGUUUAUGUAUAUUGGGGAUUCGGCUAGUCUGUCCUUCUUGCAAAGUGUCCGGCGGAUUGUAUCCGCGUCGAUCGGUCGGUGUGAAUUUACAGAGGAUAACUCGCGACACUCGAUGCUUGAAGCCUUUCAAAGUAACCCCGGUAUCCAAGCGGGGCCACUGAUGGAGCCACCAGGGAAUGAAGAGGCUCAGCGACUGGCCGGUCAGUUUGUUCUGGCGACCAGCCCAUUGUUGGAUUUGUUCGAUCUUCAUGAAUUUCAUCCGCGUCUGGCAAACUGGAUUGAGAAUCCGAGGGGUGAUGAGGAUACUGUUAGCUCGAUCUUUUACCUGGUUCUUGCAAUUGGGUCACAAGUGUCCACCACCAACCAGACCCUUGCCGAACAGUACUUUGUUAGUGGCCGGCAGUUGGCGUUUUCUGCGUUUACUGAGACACCUAGUCUUUACACUAUUCAAUCAUAUGUGUUGAUUUCCAUGUACAUGCUGGGCGCAUGCAGACGCAAUGGCGCGUUCAUGAAUCUCGGAACCGCACUUCGAGCUGCAUAUGCAGUCGGGAUCCAUCGGAAAGAUGCGAACGCACUGUUCUGUGGUCGAGAACGCCGGGCUCGGGAGCGUGUGUGGAAGAGCUUGCGAAUGAUGGAUUUGUUCCUCAGUGCCUCGUUGGGGCGUCCUCCGGCGACGUCAGACAUUGACCAUGACCUCCGAGAGGACGCUAUGCCGUCAGCGGAGCAGCUACAACAUCAAACUCCGCAAGAGCAGCUUUCUGUGGCCGUCAUCACCUUGUCGCGUAUCUUCGAACGGAUUCUUACAGAUGUGUACAUGAAGCAGGUCGUCUCGAUCCAUGUGGCUGAAACGAUUUCUAAUCAGCACCGUGCGUGGGUGCGAAGCUUGCCUGUCUUCCUUCGGAUGCAAACUGAACUGUUGGACUCCAAGACACUUGAUGGCACGUUGGCAGCAGCCCACGUCUUCGGAUCCUAUUACUGGUCAAUUAUCCUCCUAACUCGGCCGUUUCUCAUCUACCGUGUAUCACAAUACGUGAAAAGCAAAACUGGCCCAACCGAGAGUCGAUCCAGUAAUUCCCGCAUCGCGCUUUUUGCGGACGCAUGCGUUUACUCCGCACUCCGGGGGCUUGACAUUGUCGACGAUCUCGCUAAGUUUACAUCCCUGCCACGGCGGCUACCAUUCCUGAUCAACUCGGUUUUUAAUUCGGCCAUCGUUCUCGGUGCAGCCUUCUUUGCAGACUACGACAAUCUCCUACCACUUGAAGAGGGCAUGGAUAAGGCCCAGAAGUUCCUCGAGCUUUUCACCCCUCAUGACCCCCAUGCCUGUCGUUUCUCCCAAAUUAUCGUUUACCUUCGAGGGGCGGUAGCCGAGUACGUCCGGCGACGGAAUCGUCAAUGGAUGGAACGCCGCAGCAAACAAGUCGACCAGUUAUUUGGCCAAGUCGGACCUGAACCCGCCGCACCCUCUCCUCUAACUCCGGACAAUAUUUCUCGAAGUUCCUCUUUCCCGUCCCAACAACAACACCCGUCUGACCUGCCUACCACUGCCGCCACUCCUACUGCUACACCCCAUAACCAUCUCACCAGCAAUGACGUCUGGGACACUCUUUGCGGCGGUGACGGUCCCUCUGGUGGACUUCCCUAUGAUCCUGCAACUAUCUCCGCGCUCACCACAACCGGUAUCCCUGUUGGCUGCUCACCCGGCGGUACGAUCCCACCAUUACAGCCACCACCACCAUUAUCAGUUUCGUCUGGGCAGCUGGCGACUGGCGUUGCCGCUCCGACAAGUGGGGACCAAGACGGCCGUACUCCUAUAUCGGAUGUGAUCUUUCCUGACAAUGGCCUACUUUAUAUGGCGGAAGAUCUUCCUAUGUUUGGGAUUUGGGGAGAUACUUGA